AUGGCUUUCUCUAAGCUUCUAGCUGCUUCCCUUCUUGCAUCACUUCUCUUUCUCCAUUUUGUUGAUGCUGCACAUCAAUAUGAAUAUACCCAAACACAGGGUUCUCUUCUUGGGCAAAUAGAUUGUAAUGGAGCAUGUGUUGCAAGGUGCCGUUUAUCAUCUCGACCAAGAUUGUGUCAAAGAGCAUGUGGGACAUGCUGUAGAAGAUGUAACUGCGUGCCACCUGGCACUGCUGGAAACCAAGAAAAGUGUCCUUGUUAUGCCAGCUUGACUACUCGUGGUGGCAAAGCCAAGUGCCCUUGA